CACUAACGUUUACCCGAUAAUGGAAAGUGAGAAAUAGGGGACAUUUUGACGCGGCUAAAGGAAGGGUGUCUUUUGCUGUUGAAACACUGCACGUUACCCAGGAUGGAGAGACUCUAAUGGGGGGAGUUUAUGAGCUGACGUGCCGUGCUAUGGCCCCAUGGCGUCGCUGACGGCUCGGUUGCCAUAUAGUGAAAGUUGAGCGACAUUAAUGACGGCUUUAUGUCCUUCUAGUAGUAGUAGUGAGGGCCGUAGUGUAAACACAGCAUCCAUAUGUCACGGUGAAGCAUGGACGGGUGGAGCCCAAUCGUUGCAACAGCCUCGGAUAACGACCGCUCCAGCUCCGAGGGGGAGUACAUGCUGGGGCCGGGACCUGGAGGAGAUGAACCCCAGGAGGAGGCGGUGGUGGUGGACGCAGAGCAGCUGGGUGGUAACCUGGACCCGGCUGGAGGCACUACCGCUGCUGCUGUCGGGUUCGGGAUGAGCGGAACCGGGGAGGGCAAAGUGGUGCUGGGUCGAGUCGGACAGAGAGACGACAAAGAGCUCAGGUACCUGCACUUGUUGUGGGAGCCCGGACGAGCUGAGCUGGGUGAUGGUGGUGGUGGUGGUGGUGUGGCGAGCAAGAUGGGUAAGGUGACGGGCAGCAGGGCCAGGAGGCACCACAGAGUGGUCCGGAACCACCUCGGUCCUCUGGGCAAAGAUAUCUAUGCUGUGAAAAGACUGAGGGAAGCAGCAAACAGCAAUGACAUCGACACAGUUCGAAAGCUCCUGCAAGAUGACAUAGACCCCUGUGCUGCAGAUGACAAGGGAAGGACAGCCCUCCAUUUCUCUUCCUGCAAUGGCAAUGAGAGCAUUGUGCAAUUGUUGCUGAGCCACGGCGCUGACCCCAACCAGCGAGAUAGUCUGGGAAAUACCCCCCUCCAUCUGGCGGCCUGUACCAACCAUGUGCCUGUAAUCACCACAUUGCUGAGAGGAGGAGCCCGUGUGGACGCCCUCGACCGAGCAGGCAGGACCCCUCUGCAUCUAGCACGCUCCAAGCUUAAUAUUUUGCAGGAGGGAGACUCACGCAGCUUAGAAACCCUGAGAGGGGAAGUCACACAGAUCAUUCAGAUGCUGAGGGAAUACCUGAACUUAAUGGGCCAGAGUGAAGCUAAAGAGAGGCUGGAGCACAUAUCGACACAGCUACAGCACACACGCACCAAAGAGCAGGUGGAUGAGGUGACCGAUUUAUUGGCCAGUUUCACAUCACUCAGUCUACAGAAACAGAAUUUGGGGGAUAGGUAGAAGAAAAGGUGUAUAGAGGGCUGAAGUCUUGCUACUUUUCAAGAAAGCCUCUGCUCCACUAGCCUUGGCCAGACAAGCAAAUCCUGAACCAUACUGAACCAUAAUGCUGGGGUUUUCUGUCCAUAUGUCCAUAUCUGUCCAAAUAUUUGUCUACAGUACUACUCCACAGGACAGUGACAUUUGAACUCCUUGUCAAAGAUAACACCAUGGUUAUUUUGUUAGCAUUUACAACUCUGAUGAAGUUUUGAAAGUGUUCCUGUGGCUAAUAUGCUAACUAGGGAAGCACCGAUGACGAUAUCAGAUAACGGGCCGAUACUGACUCAAAUAGCUGGAUAUGGUAUCAGUGACAAUAGGGCUGAUCUAUUCAAUUCAAUUCUCUACGUAUAUACAAUAUACAUUAUAUAGUGGAAUUUUAAUUCCUGUUUUAAGUUUUGACCAAUUUGUUGCUACAUUAAAAAAAGGUUUAAAGUUGAAUUGCAAUUCCUCAUUUGAAGAUUGUUGCUGGAGUACGAUUUAUUAUUAAAUAAUAACAAUUCAGUAAAUUUGUAUCUGUGUAUUUAUUUGUUACAUUUUGUUUUACAAAGAUAGGCAUACAGCUUAUUAAUUUAACACGGGUGUCAGAUUGGUACUCAGUAUCGGCCGAUACCCAAAGCCCAGGUAUCGUUAUCGGUAUCGGGACUGAAAUGGUCGGAUUGGCCAUGAUUGGCCCUGAUGCUAACAAUGCUGACAAAAAUAUUCUUAUCUUUGUUCAAAUGAAAAGAUGCUGACAUUUGAAUGCCCAGUACUGCAGUGUCGUAGAUAUCCAUUUAUGGACAGAAAAGAGUAUCGCAUGUUAGCUUUCAGAAAAAGGAUAAAAGGAACCCCUCAGGGAAAUAAACAUUCAGAACAGGAAGCUAGUGGAACAGAAGCCAACCCAGAAGUGCAGUGGCGUCUUGGCUCUCUAUUGUGUUUGUGUGCGUGUGUGCGUGUGUGUGUGCGUGCGUGCGUGUGUGCAUGUGUGCGUGUGCGUGUAUGUGAGUCACGGCUGUGUCUAUGUGCUGAUGUUCUCUUUUUGCCUGCCAUUAUUAGCUAAGUUCUCAUGAAAUAAUUAAACAGCAUUUACUGUUGUAUUCUUGGUUUUCUUAUCAACAGCAUCUUUUGUAUCUGGUUGCCUUUUCUCUUGUAUUGCAUGUUAUGUUUGUAUGUGAACCGUACUGUAAAAAACAUGAUUUUGCUGUUGUUUGAAAUGGAUAUAUGUGAUUCAAUAAAUCAAUAUGUUUGGCUAUA